CAUUUUGAAUUCAUGAAUUAUUUCAACGGGUGGGUCGCUUCUCGCAGUGGCCGGUGUCUUUUGGUUCUCCGAAUUCCUCCUCGCUCUCUCUAUAAAAGAGUCAUUUUCGCAGGUUAAUCCAUUUCAAGUAUUCGGAUUUCUUCUUUGAUCACUCGCAUCUCCGCCCCGGUCCUCUUGAUUCAAGAAUCCAUAGCGGCUCGGGGAUCGGGAACCCUAGAUCAUCAUGAGAGGCGCGAAGCAAUUGAAGCAGCUCAAGCUCGACGUGACCGCCCAGGAAGCCCCUGUCGACAAGUUCCUGACUGCGAGUGGAACAUUCACAGACGGUGACCUGCGGUUGAAUCAGAGAGGGUUACGAUUGAUCUCUGAGGAAACUCAAUCUAGUCAGUCACCAGACACUGAAGAUGUAGAGUCGUUGAGGGAAGAUCUUGAGGUCAUUAAAGUCAUAGGGAGGGGAAGUGGUGGUACCGUUCAGCUGGUACGACACAAGGGGCAAGGAACAUUUUAUGCUCUAAAGGGUAUUCGGAUGUGCAUCCAGGAGACAGUUCGUAAACAAAUCGUGCAAGAACUUAAAAUAAAUAAAGCCUCCCAGUGCCCUCACAUUGUUGUUUGUUACCAUUCUUUCUACCACAAUGGUGUUAUUUCUCUUGUACUUGAGUACAUGGAUCGUGGAUCACUUGCAGAUGUACUUAAGCAAGUUCAAACAAUUCUAGAACCAUAUCUAGCAGUCAUCUGUAAGCAGGUUCUGAAGGGUUUAGUAUAUCUGCAUCAUGAAAGACAUGUCAUUCAUAGGGAUAUAAAGCCAUCAAAUUUGUUAGUGAACCAUAAAGGUGAGGUAAAGAUUACAGAUUUUGGAGUAAGUGCAGUCCUGGCAAAUUCCAUGGGUCAGCGAAAUACAUUUGUUGGCACCUAUAACUAUAUGGCGCCUGAGCGGAUUAGUGGAAGCUCAUAUGACUGUAAAAGUGACAUUUGGAGUUUGGGCUUGGUAAUACUUGAGUGUGCAAUUGGUCAUUUUCCGUACACUUCAACAGAACAAGAUGGCUCUUUGAGCUUUUAUGAACUUCUAGAGGCUAUUGUGGAUCACCCUCCACCUUCUGCUGCUGCUGAUCAAUUCUCGCCCGAGUUCUGCUCAUUCAUAUCAGCUUGCAUACAGAAAGAUCCUAAGGAACGAUUAUCAUCCUCGGAGCUACUGUGCCAUCCGUUCAUUCAGAAAUUUGAGGACAAGGACAUCGAUCUGGCAAUCCUGGUUGCCAGCUUAAACCCUCCUGUAAAUUUAGAUCUGUGAUUAUAUGCCAUUGGUCUGUGUGUCCGUAGCUAUGCCCUUGAGGGAGAAUAUUCAUCUCCAACCCUUAAAAUUGAGCACUCUACUGAGCCAGCAACCGAAGGAAUUGGCAGCAAGAGGCACGAGCAGAAAAAGAGUGGUCUGUAACUGUAAGCUAAAGCAGACAAGGGAAUUUGUCUGUCUCCACUGCUCGACAUGGUCGUCUAUCGAAUCUAAUCUAAUAUAUGAGGAAUGAAUUCUACUUGAGGUACAAGGGUUUUAAAGAGCAAGUUGACUGACAAGUGUAGUGGUCCAAUAAAUCAAACGAAUUCAGAAUCGAACUAGCUGGACCGACCUAACCUGGGUUCAUAGGUUAACUAGUAGAGCUGCCUUGGACAGAUGGCCUCAACUCCUCACAUCAAAGUAUGGCUGUGAAUUGGCCUGAAAGCAAAGCCUGAUAAGAACCAAAGAUAUGGAUGAAUCCUACUCAAAGAACUUAUCCAUUACAAGGCCAAGCAUUUAAUAAGAGACAUGCAUGUGGACGAAAGAAUCCAUGAAACAUGGAGAGAAGACAAUGGCAAAAGGUGCACCUCACCUUAACCCUUCAGAACCAACAUGGGGCCAGCACUGAUCUUCACUUCUCUCUUUACAUCAAAGGUCUUGUUCCCUAGGCCUUAAAAUAAAACACCUGAGAUUCCAUUUCCAUCCACAUGAUUAAACUAAUUGCAAACCCAUAAAAAUAUGUUCCCUAGAGGCAUCGCAACUCAACUGUAGUGUGAGCUAUAUAUAUUGAGGCAAACCGACGCUGGGAGUUAAAGUACUGCCAUCCUUGGGAGAUAUAGAUAAGCUAGAAAGAGAGCUCGUUCCUUCUCAAAAGCAAGAACUAUUUCUGAGUCUAGAUAUGGGUGGAGUUGAUAAAGAUGAUGAACAGCUCUUUGAUUCUGACUCUUUCUUAUGCAACUCUGACGAUGAUGAUAAUUCUGAAGAGGAUUCAACUUCAUCAUCUCCAGAUGCUACCUCUCCCACUUCCCUGACAGCAAACAUGAAUCCAAAUGGAGCCCUGUUUGAGUUAUCUGCACUCAUGGAGCAUUUGCCUGUCAAGAGAGGAUUGUCCAAACACUACCAAGGGAAAUCACAAUCCCACACAUCACUCUCUGCUGUUAGCAGCAUAGAGGACCUGCCCAAGAAAGAGAAUCCUUAUAAGCGAAAGAUGAUAAAGGCAAGCAAGAGCCAUGCCGGCGGACUGGAUGGGAGCAAGAGGUCUGCUAAUACACCAAGAUCUUGAUUCUUGUAGCAAGGCCAAACCAAAAAGUCACCCAGGGUAGCUUCUUGUGCUUCUUUGAUAUCGAAGAGCAGCAGCAGCAAACUACCUCACGUUCCUGUACAGAGCAAUCCAUGUUCUCAUUGAUCAUCUAUCAAGCACAAGUUCCCUUCAGAUGUAGUGUUGUGUUCAGAUAAGAAAAUGAGAAUUAUGCUUUGUAAACUUUUCAACAUGUCAAAAGUUGGAUAUGUAUUCUUAACGUAAUCCUGCCUCAGAAUAUUUAAGAUUUGACUA